AUGUGGAUCUUCGGACUCGAUGCCAUGCUGUCAAACCUGGCCGGCACUAUUGACAAAGAAAAUUUACCGGUUCUACAGAUUUGCUUCAUACAGAUUGCGGAAGCAGCGAAGUUGAAACCCAUGGAGCUUGAGUUGAAAAGACUGGAAGACCUGUCAGAAGCCAUUGUGCAGGACUUCACUCUGAUGAGGAAAGCGGAAGAGGAAAUGAGAGACACAAAUGAGUCCACCAACAACCGUGUCUUAUUCUUCAGCAUAUUCUCAAUGGUCUGUCUCCUUGGACUGGCCACGUGGCAAGUACUCUACCUUCGCCGGUACUUCAAGGCUAAAAAACUUAUUGAAUAGCAGAAUAAGACUAGUGUGAACCGCUGGUAGAGUUACAUGUGACGCAAUACGAUCAAAUGAUCACCUGUAUAAAUAGAGAUUUAUUAAAUGCACUUGAAAUUAUGCUCUCAUACAAGGGUUUUAGUCAUAUCUUCAGUUAAAUCAUCACAUUGAAACAGUAUUUUAAUCCUUUCACAUAAAAUAUAUUGUACAUUUUCAUUAUUUACUGUUAAAAUUAAAUAAGUACAUCUACUUAGCACAAAAUCAUAUGUGACUCUAUUUGCGUUUAUAGAUCUUCGUUUUCUUUAUAUUUUAUUAUAAAAGAAUAAAUUUUGAAUAAA